AUGACGACGUACAAGAUCCCGGACCUCAAGCUGAACAACUCGUGGCGCGAGCUCCAGAAGGAACUGCCGCAUAUCAAGAAUGACCUCGCGCUCCGCGCCGCCCGCGGCGAAGAGACCCCCCGCGCUCCCGUCUGGGUCAUGCGUCAGGCCGGACGAUACCUUCCUGAGCGCCUUUUGGACAUUGUGCUUUACUACCUGGGCUGCAGCGGUAGUGGCCAUUCCUUCCUUGUGAGAGGGAAGGAUCGAGGAGGGCGCGCCAAGAGCCAUUCGGACCAGCGUGACGCCGCUCCGUUUGAGGAUGCCAUGUUCCCGAGCAAAUACAGCGCAUCAUCUAGAGGCGCAAACAGUGCUCAGCUACGUUUCUCGUGUCGUGAGCUGACAUCAGAAUUCCUCGAGGUCCGCAAGCACCACUCGUUCUUCGAGUGCUGCCGCAAGCCCGAGCUGGCGAGCAAGCUCACGCUCCAGCCGAUCGACCGGUACCCGAACCUGGACGCGUCGAUCAUCUUCUGUGACAUCCUCGUCGUUCCCCAGGCGCUCGGUAUGGAGGUUAUCAUGGAGCCCUCGAAGGGCCCCGUCCUCCCCGCGCCGCUUAGGAGCCCAGCCGACCUGGCACGCCUGCCGGACGAGCAGACAGAAAAAGCUGCAAGCACCGCGAAGAAUCCAGCUAACCACCAGGUCGACGUUCAGAAGGAGCUUGGCUACGUCUUCGACGCCGUUACGAUGACGCGGAAGGGACUCGCUGGCCGUGUUCCCCUCAUCGGCUUCUGCGGUGCCCCCUGGACGCUGAUGGCGUACAUGUGCGAGGGCGGCGGUUCGAAGACGUUCGAGCACUCCAAGUCGUGGCUCUACAAGUGGCCCGAGGAGGCCAAGGCGCUCCUGCACAAGAUCGCCGACGUGUGUGCGGACCUGCUCGUCGGCCAGGUCCUCGCCGGAGCCUCGAUGCUCCAGGUCUUCGACUCCUGGGCGGGCGAGCUCACGCCGUACCAGUUCGAGACCUUCGCUCUUCCUCCCCUCGUUCACAUCAGCCGCAAGGUCAACUACGUGCUCACGCACCUCGGCCACCCGACCGUGCCGAUGAUCCUGUUCCCGCGCAACGUGCACUCGCCCCAGAGCCUUGCGCUCCUCAAGCCUGAGAGCAUCGGGUACAAUGUCAUCGGGCUCGACCAGGGCCUCGACCCCGUCGAGGCCAAGAAGGCCCUGCCCGGCAUGAACCUCCAGGGCAACUUCGACCCGGCCAUUCUGUACGGCGGCAAGGAGGGAAUUGAGAAGGAGGUCGAGCGCGUGUGCAAGCGCUUCCACCAGAACAGCGGGGGCUGGAUCGCCAACCUCGGCCACGGCAUUACGCCCAACGUCAAGCCCGAGGACAUGGGGUGGUUCCUCGAGUGCGUGCACAAGUACUCCAAGCGCAACUAG